AAGGGCUGGGAUGAUAAAAACUCGCUAAACUUGUUUAGCAGUAUUACAUUUUUAAGGGCUGUGCAUAAUCUCUAUUCGAAGUGUGAUAAGAAAAGCAGUGCCCUUGGAAGUGUCCGCGAAUGACUUUGAACCCGUGUGAAUUGUCUAGGAAUGGACAAGUGAGGCCUCUUUGACAUCAAGUGUGAGCUCAUUUCGAUCGAAAGUAUGGCUUCUCUUCCGCUGAUCGUGCCGGAUUUCCCGGAUUAUGGGGGCGUGCACAUUGGUCCAAAUCCAAAUGAGCGGAAUCAUCUCUCCCCUGGAAGUGCGGAUAUGUCGCGAUCUCAUGGAGCUCGCCAAAGACGCACUUCUGCCCGCAGAAUCUCGGGCAGCGAGAUGUUGGACAAUUUGGAACGCUUUUCCCGACGCACCCUGUCCGUCUCCAGUCAUUCACAAGACAUUCACAAUGAGGUUAUGGCUGCCUUAAUGGAAGAUGGGGAGGAAGAGGACGAUGAUGAGGAUGACAAUUUCCUACCUGAUGUUGUCACCCGUGGUAUCACACCUACCAUUCAGGAGGAACGAGACAGCGAGCACGCCAUUUCGAAUACCGAGACUAUCAUUCACAUACUCAAGGGCAAUAUCGGGAUAGGUGUGCUCACAUUACCCAUUGCUAUCCGCAACUCCGGACUGAUCUUUGGCAACAUCGGAUUGGCUCUCAUUGCAUACAUGUGUGUUCAUUGUAUGAAAAUGUUGGUCCAUGCUGCCCAUAAAGCUUGUGCCAAACGACCCAAUGCCGUGUUUCUGGAUUAUGCUGAUACGGCCGAGGCGGCCUUCUCGGAUGCGGGUGGAAAUUGGACUAAAUGUGCUCCGAUGAUGAGGAAAGUGGUUAACCUGUUCCUGUGUUUGUCUCAAGUGGGCAGUAAUGCGGUUUAUGUCCUGUUCAUAGCGCAAAACAUUCAGCCGAUUGUGGAACAUUAUGGAGGCGAGUUCUUCGAGACAUUGAACUAUCGCUACUACAUUUUGGCCAUCUUGCCGUUUAUGAUUGCCAUCUGCAUGAUCAAAAAUCUCAGGUAUCUCUCCCCCUUCUCCGUGAUUGCCAACAUUUUCCAGUUCGUCGGGCUCGGUAUCAUUUUCUUCUACAUCUUCCGUGAACACUUGCCGGAUUCAAGCUCGGUUCCGUGGGUGGCCCAAUCGAAUCGCUUACCUCUCUUCUUUGGCACCGCCAUCUUCGCCAUUGAAGGUAUCUCUGUGGUUUUGCCCAUUGAGAAUCAAAUGAAACGCCCCAAAGAUAUGUUGGGAUGGAAUGGCGUGCUCAAUACGGCGAUGGGAAUGGUGGGCAUCCUGUACGUGGCCAUGGGUUUUUACGGUUUCUUGAAAUACGGCGAACACAUUGAGAGUAGCAUCACUCUCAAUCUUCCUCCCGGCGAUGUAUUGGCCCAGAUCUGCCUUCUCCUUUUCUCGCUGUCCAUUUUCUUUUCCUAUGCCCUUCAGUUCUACGUUUUGAUGGAGAUCCUGGGUCCAAAUGUGAUUAGACCAAGAGUUCCACAACGAUGGUUCGUCUUGUCCGAAUACUCAACCCGGAUCAUCAUCAAUGUCAUCACAUUUGCUUUGGCUGCUACUGUUCCUUGGUUGGAUUUGGUGGUAUCGCUUCUUGGAGCUGUUAAAAUGUCAACUUUGGCCAUUAUGGCUCCUGCCCUCAUCGACACUGCUUCGCAUUGGAAUGGAGGGCGUGGUUGCAUGAAUUGGAGGCUGAUCAAGAACGGAUUCAUCUUCCUCAUUGGCUUCUUUGGAUGCAUCAUGGGCACCUGGGUCAGCGUUUUGAAUAUCGUGGAGAAUUUCAAAAAUGGACACUGACCAUUCCGUGGUAUAUAACUAACAUCUAAUUCAUCCCGUGUGUUCUCAAUGCAAUGAGUUUCCUAACAUGUGAUACUUUUCUAAGCAUUUCCGCUCGAGUCUCAUUAUACCUAUGAAAUACAAGUGAUAUCUCUCUGUUCA